AUGGCAGUCUCCGCUCUCGACUCCCGUAUCUUCCGGAACCUCUUCGGCACACAAGAGAUCCGCGACGUGUUCACAGACAAAGCAUAUGUAAAAUGCUUAAUUGAAGUGGAGGCAGCACUGGCUCGCGCAGAAGCAAUAGUCGGCCAGAUGCAGGAGAGGAAAUCACCAAAAUUUUAUCUAACCUUGAACUUGAAACGACUCACCGAGAUCAAGGAGCGUUGCUUGCUUGUUCAGUUUGGCGGUGCCGUUGGGACCAUCGCGUCACUUGGAUCUGAUGAAAUGGGCCUUAAGGUACGGGAACAGCUUGCCACAGAGCUUGGCCUUAAGAACCCAGAUAUCAGCUGGCAUGUUGCCCGGGAUAAUAUUGCUGAGAUAUUGAACACAUUGGCUCUUGUGGGCGGUACACUAGGAAAAAUUGCGUUGGAUAUUAUGAUCAUGUCGUCCAACGAAUUUGACGAAGUGUCCGAGCCUUUCGUUCCCCAUCGCGGAGCCUCUUCAACUAUGCCACAAAAGCGCAAUCCUAUUUCAAGCGAAGUCAUCCUUGCUGCGUCCAAAAUGCUGCGAGUAAAUGCCUCCUUGGGCUUGGAUGCAUUGAUUACCGAUUUUGAGCGUGCGUCUGGCCCCUGGCAUCUUGAGUGGGUGGCAGUCCCCGAUUCCUUCGUGACAGCAGUAGGAGCUUUGCACCAGACAAACUUUGUUCUUCGUGGAUUGGUCGUAAAGACUGACUCCAUGAAACGCAAUUUGCAUUCCACAAAGGGGUUGAUCGUGGGUGAAGCUGUGAUGAUGGACUUGGCGCCAUGCCUCGGUCGACAGAAUGCUCACGAUCUGGUUUACGAGGCUUGCAAGUCUGCUAUUGAGAACAACCGCACCCUGUUAGAUGUUUUGCAGGGGACACCUGCUUUGGAUGGUAUCAUAAGUUCAGAGAAGUUGGCGAAUCUUUGCGAUCCUCUUCAGUACAUGGGGGCGAGUCAGAUGAUGGUGGAUCAAUUAGUCCAGCGUGCUGGAUAA